CAACGAAUUCAGGAGAAAGAAAGUUUUACGGUACUGUCUGGUGUUUUAUUUUAUUUCAAACAAUUUGUGUCCAAAACGAAAUAAAAAAAUUUGGACUAAGCAAGAUGGUAACCAUCGGCGAAGCCUUCGUACCGGUUGAAGGAAUUGUUUAUUCUGCCGAAGACGUCAAGGUUAAAAUUGGCAAUAACUUAAUUGGCCCCGCUGGAGAACUUCAUCUUACUGAGGGAUCUCUCAUCUGGAGCUGUGCGGAACGUAACAGCAGCAUUUCCAUACCGUGGCCCCGUGUUGGUGUGCAGGCCAUAUCAUCCAAUCCGGAGAAAUGUAUUUAUCUUAUGCUGGAUAUCAACUUAAUCUGGCCGGGUUUUUACGACGGGCGGCCGCAAAACAAUGGCAAUGAAAAUGGUGAAGGUGGCGGAGAGGAAGAAGAAGACGAACACGAUGAAGGACAUGAAUCAGACGGGUCUGAGAACGAGAUGACUGAAAUAUGGCUGCAACCUUCGGCUCCGCAAAUUGUCGAUGAAAUUUACAAUGCAAUGCGUGAGUGCCAGAGUUUGAAUCCGGAUCCAGGGGCAGUCAGUGAAGAUGAGGAUUAUAUGGAAGCUGAAGAAGAUGAGCUGCAAGAGGUGGACGAUAUGCGGAACUUGCAGUUGGAGGAUAACACUGAUUUUAUUUGUAGACGAGGAUAAAUUUGCCGACGCUGAGGAAUAGACUGCAGUUGGCACCGUUUAGCUAUCACGAAUAAACCGUCGCCUGGCGAUCGGCUGUGGGAGACGACCGUCGUUGGGCGCUCUAUCCAGUGCGAGUAUUUAAAUAUUUUGCUUUGAGCUAGUUUUUUAAAUGCUAUUCCAUGUUAGUUCUACAAGAAACAAAAACCAUGCCGAAUCUGAAAAAUAUUGAAUAAGAAUAAAGCAAAACAAAAAUAAAA